AGCAUAAAAAAGGUCAUUGCUCUAGUAGUAGCACAUUAUAUAACGAGGGUUGUCCUCCUGCUUUUCCAUCCUAAUUCUUAGCAAUAGAAUCGAUCACCACCGCGGCCGCCAGAAUCUAUGGAAAUGCAAGAGCCAGUGGCAAUAAUAGUCGGAGCAGGCCCGUCCGGCCUCGCCGUCGCCGCAUGCUUAAACCGCCUCUCCAUUCCAAACAUAAUCCUAGAUAGAGAAGAUUGUUUUGCUUCCCUGUGGAAGAAAAAAUCGUACGAUCGCCUCCACCUCCACUUACCAAAACAAUACUGCGAGCUCCCCCACAUGCCAUUUCCCACCACAUUCCCCAACUAUGUUCCCAAAAAACUCUUUCUACAAUACUUAGACGACUACGUUUCUCGUUUCAACAUAAGUCCCAUGUACCAUAAACUCGUCGAGUCCGCCAGCCACGACGGCGUCGCGGAAAGAUGGAGGGUUAGGGUGAGGAACACCGGCGGUUCCGAGGAGGCGCCGGUCGAGGAAUAUUCCGGUAGGUUUUUGGUGGUGGCGAGCGGAGAAACUAGCGAUGUGUUUGUGCCGGAGGUGAAAGGGUUGGAUAGUUUUGGAGGGGAGGUUAUACACUCGACUAUGUACAAGUCUGGAGAGAAGUACAGUGGGAAGAGAGCUUUGGUUGUUGGGAGUGGGAAUUCUGGUAUGGAAAUUGCUUUUGAUUUGUCACUUCACGGGGCUGAGACUUCCAUCGUUGUUCGAAGCCCGAUUCACAUUCUAUCGAGGGAAAUGCUGCAUAUGGGGCUUGGGAUGUUGAAAUAUGGUAUCCCUUUAACUACUGCGGAAUCCUUGUUGGUUUUGCUUAGCAAGCUGUGGUAUGGAGACCUAACCAAGUACGGGAUUCAGAGGCCUCGAGAGGGUCCCCUGUCUUUGAAAGUGAAGUAUGGAAAGUACCCAGUUGUUGACGUCGGAACCUACCAAAAGAUCAAGUCCGGCCAAAUCCAGGUAUUGCCAGCAAUAGCAAGCAUAAGGGGAAAUGAAGUGGAAUUUGAGAAUGGCAACUCACAUCCAUUCGACGCUAUCGUUUUCGCUACAGGCUUCAAAAGAUCAACCCAUAAGUGGCUUAAGGGAGACAAUUAUCUUUUGAACGAAGAUGGAAUUCCGAAGCAUAGUUUUCCAAACCACUGGAAGGGAGAAAAUGGGUUGUAUUGUGCUGGACUGUCAAGGAGAGGAUUCUAUGGAGCUGCCAUGGAUGCACAGAACAUAGCCAAUGACAUCAAGUCAUCACUCUGAUUUUCCAACGAAAUAUUGGGUGAAAAAUAAAAAGAAUUUUUUAGGUGCAAAUAGGGUACUGCUGACGUGGUACCUGUGCAGAACAUUGGAGCUGUCCAAACAUGCAACCGACGGCUUGGAUUGAAAGGUGCCGAACCGAUUUAAAAAGAAAAAAGGAAAGGAAAAGAGUGUUUCAAUCUGAGCCAUCGGUUGCAUUGUUUGGACGGCUCGAAUGUGCUGCACGGAUACCAGGUGGUACCCUAUUUGAAACCAAAAAUUUCUCGAAAAAUAAUAGUGUAUGUUAAAAUUAAUGCAGUUUGAAUAAGGACACAGUGAUGUUCUUUUAUGAUUCUGCGCGGCUAAUACUUUCGGCCAAGAGCAAGCUUAAGUUUGAGGGGACGUAUUAGAUGACGAUUGUAAUUUGUAAUGUGUAUCUUGUUGAUGAGUACAAAAUCAAAUAAGAUCACAAGUGAUCUCGUCUUGAAA